AUGGGAAAUUUUAUAGGAUUUAAAGAAAAAAAUAAAAAUAUAGAGAAUAUAAAUAUUUUUGAAAAAAGAUAUGGCUAUAAUUUGAAUGAUUUGCAUAGUUAUAUAUAUAAAAUUAAUCUACCUUUAAAACCACCUUAUAUAAAUUAUGUUCUACAAGAAAAAAAUAGAAAAACAGAAAAUUUUACAAAGGAACACUUGAAUAAUGAAGAAGAAAAAAAGUUAAAUAAUACAUCUGAUCCUGUUGACCUAUAUAAAAAUUAUGAAAGAGAAAAUAUUAAUAAUUCUAACAACAUCUAUUCAAAUAAAUUAAUAAUAAAUAAUAAGGAACCCAAUGAAAAAUAUGAUGAUAAGUAUGUUCAUAUAUCUUAUGAUAACAAUUAUGAAUAUGACUUAAAUAAAAAUAAUAUUUACACAGAAGAUAAUAUUUCAGAUUAUAUUUUACAACAUACUAAUACUUUUUCAAAUAAAAAUAAAAUUAAUAAAACUUAUGUUAAUUUAUGUUUAAAUUAUUAUAAUAACUUAAAUACAUGUAUAAUAAAAAAAUAUGAAAAAAAUGUACAAAAUAAAAAGUAUAAAUUUACUCGUUUACACACAUGUAAACCUCAUUAUGUUUUAUUUUCUAGAUGUAUUAAAUAUAGAGAUAAAAAGUUAAUGAAGGAGAUAAAAAAAAUUGAACUAAAUUACUUCAAUUCCCUAAAUAGUACUAAUAAAUUAUCUUAUUUGAAUGAAUUUUUAACAAAUUUAAAUUAUCAUGAGUAUGUCAUAAGUAAAUUAUAUGAUGGUGUAGAAAAAAUAAAGAUUAAUAAGGAGUUAAAUGAAUUAAAAGAAAGAUAUAAUAAUAUUUUAAAACAUAGUGAAUCAAAUGGAGAAAAAUUACCAAAUAUUAAUGAACAAAAAAGAAAAACAAAUUCCAAUAAAAAACAUAUAUUAUUAAAUAUAUGA